AUGUCCAACGGAUUUGAUGCCGAAGGCGACAAAAAGAAGAAGAAAAUCGCCGUCAUUAGCGUUUCUUCUUUAAUACUCGUCGCUAUGGUGGUUGCCGUCACCGUCGGCGUCAACAACGCUCCUCAAGAGGAUCUCGACGACGGCGGCGGAGGCGGAGGCGGCGACGCUCAUGAUCACGGUGACGACGGCGAGAAGGUUUCGUCAUCAACUAAAGCAAUCAAAACCAUUUGUCAACCAACGGAUUACAAAGAAACUUGCGAAGAGAGUUUAAUGGUGGAAGCCGGCAACACAACCGACCCGAAAGAGCUUGUCAAAGCCGGGUUCAAAAUCGCCGUGGAAAAACUUAACGCGGCGAUUAGAAAUUCCACUACGCUUCAAGAAUUAGCUCAAGACCCAAGAGCCAACCAAGCUCUUCAAAAUUGCCGCGAGUUAUUGGAAUACGCCAUCGACGAUCUCCACGAUUCUUACCAUCGAAUCGGCACCUUCCACGUGUCGAAAUUUGAGGAGUUUGUUAACGAUUUAAAGAUUUGGCUUAGUGCAGCUCUCACUUAUGAACAAACUUGUCUUGACGGAUUUGAAAACACUACUGGCGAUUCCGGAGAGAGAAUGAAAGAGUUUUUGAAGUCCGCUCAAGAAAUGACCACUAACGGCCUUGGUAUUGUCAGUGAAUUGUCCAACAUUUUGGGUACACUUCACGCGCCGGCAGCGACUGGGCGACGACUUUUGGACACUGACAUGCCGUUGUGGGUUAGCGACGGAAAGCGGCGGCUAAUGCAAAUGGGGACGGGGGCGAUUAAGCCCGACCUGGUGGUGGCUCAAGAUGGGAGCGGGAAGUACAAGACAAUAAAUGAAGCUUUGGUUGAUGUCCCGAUGAAGAGUAAUAAAACGUUUGUGAUUUAUGUCAAAGCCGGAAUUUAUAAGGAAAUUGUUGUUAUUCCUAAGCAUAUGACUCAUUUGACCAUGUACGGUGACGGACCGACCAAAUCUGUUGUUACCGGUAAUUUAAAUUUUGUCGACGGCAUUCAAACUUUCAAGACAGCUACAUUCGCUGCAAUUGGAGCUAAUUUCUUCGUUCGAGACAUGGGAUUUGUGAACACCGCUGGACCGACAAAGCACCAAGCUGUAGCCCUACGUGUCCAAUCGGAUCGAGCCAUCAUUUACAAUUGUCAAAUAGAUGGGUACCAAGACACUCUCUACGCCCAUGCUAACCGUCAGUUCUAUCGAGAUUGCAUAAUCAGUGGCACCAUUGAUUUCGUGUUUGGCAACUCUGCUGCUAUCUUCCAGAAUUGCAAGCUAGUGGUUCGUAAGCCAUUGGACAAUCAGCAAUGCAUUGUCACGGCUCACGGGCGGCUCAAUCGUCGUGAACCGACGGCGUUGAUCUUCCAAGGCUGCCACUUCAUGGGCGACCCGGCUUACUUACCGUUUAAGAAAGUGAACAAGGCGUAUUUGGGGCGGCCAUGGAAGCAAUAUUCACGAACCAUUAUAAUGGGGUCUCAAAUCGACGACUUGAUCCAGCCAGAAGGAUGGUUGCCGUGGAUGGGCGAUUUUGCACUCAAUACAUUGUUCUACGCCGAGGUACAGAACAGAGGGCCAGGGGCUGAUCAGAGCCAUAGAGUAAAGUGGCGAGGAAUUAGACAUAUUACGCCGCAGCACGCCGCGGCUUACACCGCCAGACGAUUUAUUGACGGCGAUGCUUGGAUUCCAGUCAGAGGGGUCCCCUAUUCUUCUGGAAUGAUGUAAAUGGAAUUAAGGCGACGCCU